AUGGCCGACGAAGAACGCCGCGAGCGACGCCCAUCCAUCGGAGCCCCCGUCUCCGAGCUCCAAGGCCCAGUUGGCCCCGGAUUCAGCCGUCCCAAGCACAAGCGGACCUUCACGGGCUUCGGACCAGCGGAGAUCAAGAGCGUUGAGGCCAGCAUCCCGGAACCAUUGAGAGAGGCGUGGAGAAAACAUUCGGUGACUGGGUUUACCAAUAAGGAUGAGUUUGAGAAUGAGCUGGUUCGUCAUGUUGAGACGACUUUGGCGAGAUCGCUCUACAAUUGCGAUGAAGCGGCUGCAUAUUCGGGAACUGCCCUUGCCUUUCGGGACCGGUUGAUCGUGGAGUGGAACAAGACGCAGCAGCGGCAGUCCUUGGCGGAUCAGAAGCGAGUCUAUUAUCUUUCUCUCGAGUUUCUUAUGGGCCGCGCACUCGACAAUGCUAUGCUGAAUGUUGGGAUGAAAGAUGCUGCUAGAGAUGGUCUACAGGAUCUCGGUUUCCGUAUUGAAGAUGUGAUCAGUCAAGAGCACGAUGCUGCCCUUGGAAAUGGUGGCCUGGGACGCCUGGCGGCUUGUUUCCUCGAUAGCAUGGCAACUCUGAACUACCCAGCAUGGGGUUACGGGCUGCGAUAUAGAUAUGGUAUUUUCAAACAGGAGAUCGUCGACGGCUACCAGGUUGAAGUCCCAGAUUACUGGCUGGAUUUCAAUCCUUGGGAAUUCCCUCGACAUGAGAUUACCGUUGAUAUCCAGUUCUACGGUCGAGUGACCAAACACCAUGACGAAAAUAACAAGGCAACCUUCGUGUGGGACGAGGGUGAAAUAGUCCAGGCGGUGGCAUAUGACGUGCCCAUCCCUGGCUAUGGAACCCGCACGACGAACAACUUGCGGCUGUGGUCGAGCAAGGCGAGCAGCGGAGAGUUUGACUUCCAAAAAUUCAACGCCGGUGACUACGAAAGCGCCGUGGCGGAUCAGCAGCGCGCGGAGACUAUUUCGGCUGUACUGUAUCCGAAUGAUAAUCUUGAGAGAGGAAAAGAGCUCCGAUUGAAGCAACAGUACUUCUGGUGCGCGGCCUCGCUGCACGAUAUCGUCCGCAGGUUCAAGAAGACGAAUCGACCGUGGAGCGAGUUUCCCGAUCAGGUCGCCAUUCAGCUCAACGACACCCACCCCACGCUGGCUAUCGUUGAGCUGCAGCGUAUCUUGAUCGACAUAGAGAACCUCGAAUGGGAUGAGGCGUGGAACAUUGUCACCCAGACCUUUGGGUACACCAACCAUACUGUCUUGCCCGAAGCCUCGGAGAAGUGGUCUGUCCCUCUGAUGCAAAACUUAUUGCCACGACACUUGCAGAUCAUAUUUGACAUCAACUUGUUCUUCCUUCAGUCGGUGGAGAAGAGGUUCCCGAAAGACAGGGAAAUGCUUUCCCGCGUGUCGAUCAUUGAAGAGUCGCAUCCCAAGAUGGUGAGAAUGGCAUACAUCGCCAUCAUCGGAUCGCACAAGGUCAACGGUGUCGCGGAGCUUCAUUCCGAUUUACUCAAGACGACGCUGUUCAAAGAUUUCGUGAAAAUCUACGGACCUGAUAAAUUUACUAACGUCACGAACGGGAUCACGCCGCGUCGUUGGCUCCAUCAGGCUAACCCGAGACUCUCGGAGCUUAUUGCAUCUAAGCUUGGCGGCCACAAGUUCCUGACUGAGUUGACUCUCCUGGAACAGCUGGAAGCAUUUGUGGACGACAAGGAUUUCAAGAGAGAAUGGUCGGAGAUCAAAACAGCGAACAAGCUUCGCCUGGCCAAACACAUCAAGGAAAGUACCGGGUACAGUGUGAAUCCCACCGCUCUAUUCGACAUCCAAGUGAAGCGGAUCCACGAAUACAAGCGCCAGCAACUGAACAUCUUCGGUGUGAUCCACCGAUAUCUAAAGAUUAAGGCCAUGUCCCCGGAAGAGAGAAAGAAAGUCCUGCCGCGGGUAUCCAUAAUCGGAGGCAAGGCGGCCCCGGGGUACUGGAUGGCCAAGUCGAUCAUCCAUCUGGUCAACAAUGUUGCAGCCGUUGUCAAUAAGGACCCGGAUGUCGGUGAUCUCUUGAAGGUGAUCUUCAUCCAGGACUACAACGUCAGCAAGGCCGAGAUCAUCUGUCCUGCCUCGGACAUCAGCGAGCACAUCUCCACCGCCGGUACCGAAGGUAGCGGCACCAGCAACAUGAAGUUCGUCCUCAACGGCGGCCUAAUCAUCGGCACAUGCGACGGCGCCAAUAUCGAAAUCACCCGCGAAGUCGGCGAACAAAACAUCUUCCUCUUCGGCAACCUCGCCGAAGACGUCGAAGACCUCCGCCACCGCCACUUCUACGGUGACUUCACUCUCGACGCCAACCUGUCCAAAGUCUUCGACGCAAUCCAAUCCGGCACCUUCGGCGACCCGGACCAGUUCUCCGCCCUCGUCGGCUCGAUCGUCGACCACGGCGACUACUACCUCGUCUCGGACGACUUCGACUCCUACAUCGAGACCCAGGCCAUGGUCGACGAGGCAUUCCGCAACCAGGACGAGUGGCUCACGAAGUCGAUCACCUGCGUCGCCCGCAUGGGCUUCUUCUCUACUGAUCGCGUGAUUAAUGAGUAUGCGGAUAGUAUUUGGAAUGUGGAGCCUUUGGCUGUGGAGAAGUGA